AUGGCUUUUCUUCCUUUCUGCUGUUGUGUAUUAGUUGUUUGCUUUACUGCUUCUUUAGCAGAAGCUUCUGGUCUCCCAGAUCUGUAUCCUCCAUUAUGGGAAAAAAGUCCUGGUCAGUUCAGUGAUUUCAAGGUAGAGAACAACGUGUACAUUAUUAAUCCCUGGGUUUAUCCUGAGAGGAUGGGGAUGUAUAAAAUCCUACUGAAGCAGACAGCAAGGUAUUUUGAGAAAUUUGGACCAGAAAAUGAACAAAAUAUUUUAUGGGGAUUGCCUCUACAGCAUGGCUGGCAAUAUUCUACAGGCCGACUAGCUGAUCCCAGCGGACAGACACACUGUGGCUAUGAAUCUGGAGAUCCUUUGUGUAUCUCUGUGGACAGCUGGUGGGCUGAUGUGAAUUAUUUCCUGAGUGCAUUACCCUUCCUUGCUGCCGUGGACUCUGGCAUACUGGGAGUAUCUUCAGACCAAGUUACACUGUUGCCACCUCCCAAAGAUCAGAGGAAGUUUUGUUACAACGUUUCUAGCUGCCGUUUAUCCUACCCUGAGAAAAUGAUCGCUUGGAAUUUGUUUUACCAGUAUUUGCAGUCACCUUCUAGCAACUUUGAUGACUUGUUGAAACACUUAUGGGCUGCACAUACCUCAAGUUUGGAAAACAUACCUGAACAUUUUGAGGAUAGAUAUACCUAUUAUUCUAAAAUAGAAACGGAAUUUGGCAAAAAUUGGACACUGACUGUGGGAUAUUUAGCUGCAUCUCGUUUUCCUACAACCAUGAUUCGAGUCCAUAAGGCCCAGCAAGGCCUGCCACCACGAAUCCUCACGGACACUGAUGUAGCACCAUUCAUCAGUGACUUCACUCCUUUCCAGAACAUAGUGUUGUCAGCUCUAAAAAUUCUUUGCAGUGUGCAUAAGUUGACAGGAUCAUUAUCUUUGACUGGAUGGGAAGUUUUAAUGAACACACAACUUGCAAGAAAAAUCUUUGUAGAGAUGGUUGAUGGAUUUAUUUUCAUCUCUAAUUAA